AUGUCUAAGUUUGAUUUAUCAAUUAGUGGGAUCGCUAUUGUCACAUCAAUUGCAUAUUUCAUGAACUACCUAGUGCCAAUGAUCUAUGUGACACUGAAGAAGGACUCAGUCAGGGAGAACAGCAUGCGCUGGAUUAACAAGGACUCCUUCUUUGGACUCUGGCAGUACAUGAGGUAUGGCAUCCCAUCCAUGAUGCUUACAGCUCUGGAGUAUUGGUCGAGAGAAAUGAUCACGAUUUUUGGAGGGUUUUUUGGGGAAAAAGAACUGGGAGCUUGAGUCAUUUUAUUCAAUACCCUCGACUUUGUCUACAUGAUUCCUCUUGGAUUUUGUUAUGCCGCAAACGCUCUUAUAAGCAAUAGUCUUGGAGCGAUGAAUCCGAAUAGUGCUAAAGUCUACAGAAACCUAGCUGCAAUGAUAGGGUUUACACUGAGUUUGAUUCUUGGGACAUUAAAGCUUAUUUUGAGGUAUCACAUUCCUAAUCUGUUCACUCAGGAUGAAGAAAUUAUCGAGAUGAUAAUCACAGCAAUACCUCUGAUCUCAUUAAGCACUAUUAAUGACUACACACAAGGAAUCUCUCAAGGAACUGUCAAGGCGAUGGGUAUCCAAAAUUAUGCAACUAUUUUAUCCAUGAUAGGAUAUUGGGGAAUCUUUAUUCUCUUGACAAUCUGGCUUACUUUUAAACUAUACUGCGGAAUCUGUGGAAUCUUUGGAGGAUUACCUAUAGCCUUACUCUUUGUAUGAGGCUCAUUCUUAUUCAUCAUCUAUCGUACAGAUACCGUUGCUCUUUCCCAGGGAUUUUGACAACGACUCAGAAAGGAGGAGGAAGGUUGUCAUAUGAACAGGCUUGACAGCUCUAAAAGUGCAAAUUCUCACUCCCUCCUUGAAACCUAGAAUCAGACUUCAACUAGGCUUCUUUGUCA